AUGAUGAUACGUAAUCUUAUACUCAUGCUCUCUGCUGCGACGGCUACCGCACAGCCGAACCAUACUACUCAUGCAGUGGCCCAGCCCCUAUACACUCCUCUCACCCUGGGCUCCAUCAAGCCGCAGGGAUGGCUCAAGGACCAGCUCGAGCUUGGAGCCAACGGGCUCGGAGGCAACAUGUUCGAGUUUUACCGCUUCGUUCAUAACUCCCGAUGGAUCGGCGGCGAGGACGAGUAUUCCGGGCUCGCUGAAGCCUCUCCGUAUUGGUUCAACGGAGUCGUGCCGCUGGCUUUUGGGCUGGACGACGACAGAUUAAAGGACCAAGUCAGGUAUUACCUGGAUUACGUGCUUGACCAUCAGCAGGAGGAUGGUUGGCUCGGAUUCGAGACCACACCCCAGGAGCGAGGACUCUGGGGAAGAUGUCUGCUCCUGCUUGGUUUGAUUCAAUAUGCGGAAGCCGAUUCGACCCAGACCGACAGGAUCGUCGACGCGAUGCAUCGGUACGUUCGGAUCGCGCACAGUAUGCUCCAGAACAACUUCACCGGUUUGAUCCAGCACCCUGGCGACACCUUUGAUGCAUCGGGGUUUGGCGCCGGGCGUACCCACGAGCUUCACAUUCCCUUGCAAUGGCUGUAUGAGAAGUACCCGCGAAACAACUCUCGACUGCUCUGGGACACGAUGGACCUUAUGAUUGCUGGCGGCAUCAAGGCCGAAGCCGACUGGAGGACGUUCUGGACGCCGGAUGCCUAUCCGAAAGUGCUGGAGGGUCUGCGGUUCCCCCUGGCCAUCUACCGCAACACGCACGAGGAGAAAUUAAAGACUCAGACGCGGACGGCGUUGGAUCUGCUGUCUCGAUACCACACGUCGCUGGCGGGAGCCAUCAUCGCCGAUGAGUACAUCACCGACCUGAGUCCCACCAAAGGCUCGGAACUCUGCAUUGCUGCCGAGAUGAUGUUCUCUCUGAACUGGAUCUACCAGUACCUCGGGGACAACGACAUCGCCGACUGGGCCGAACUGACGGCAUUCAAUGCGCUCCCGGCUGCCAUCUCCCCGGACUGGUGGGCCCAUCAGUACGUGCAGCAGGAAAACCAGCCCUAUUCCCACCCCGUGGACCCUGACGUGUGGACCAUCAAUGGCCCUCGCGCCAACAUCUUCGGUCUCGAGCCGGAAUAUCCCUGCUGCCUGGUCAACCACCCCCAAGCAUACCCCAAAUUCCUCGCCAACCAGUUCGUCCGCACUGCCGAGGGUCUGGCGCACAUUUACCUCACCCCGGGCACGGUCUCCACCACCCUCGACAAGGCCAAGAACCACCGGGUCUCCAUCUCUGUCGACACGCAGUACCCUUUCGCCUUCAACUGGACCUACACCAUCACCAACUCCCACGCCUUCCCCUUCUCCAUCCGUAUCCCCUCCUGGGCAGGCCCCGAAAGCCGCAUCCAAGUCAACCAGCAAUCCCCCAAGCCCCUCUCCCCCUCCCGCCAGGGCCUGCACACGAUCUCCAUCCCCGCCAGCUCAUCCCCCACAACCCUCACGCUAACCCUCACCACCACGCCCCGCGUCGUCUCCCUCCCUAACAACACCGCCGCUAUCUACUACGGGCCUCUCCUCUUCGCGCUCGCCGUCUCCAACUCCCCCACUAAAUCCCCUCCGAUCGACUACACCAACAUCACCACGGAACUACCCACCAACACCACCUCCCCGGGCCACACCUUCGACAUCACCCUACACCCCACCUCGCCGUGGAACGUGGCCAUCGACCCUUCGCAGAUUGAGAUCGUCACGAAGAACAUCGAUCGUCUGCAGAACCCGAUCUGGGAUCUCGGGGCCCCGCCGAUCGAGCUGCGCGUGGCGGCCGUGCAGAUCGAUUGGCCGCUUAAGUAUGGGACUGCGGAUGAGCCGCCGGUGGAUGUGAAUGUCACCAGGAAGCCGUUUAGUGCGCGGUUUGUGCCGUAUGCGAGUGCGAAGCUGCAUAUGGCGAGGUUGCCGGUCGUGGAGUUAGAGAAGGUGGAUUUGAGAGGUCGGAGUGGUUGA